AAGUCGAAACUUGCAGCGCUCAGCUGUUGCAGCGUGACGCUCAGCAGCGUAAACAGAAACACGCACCAGAUGAGCUCGUGGACCGUCUGAGGACAGGACAGAGAAGAGGACAGACAAGAGGACAGGACAGACACAGAGGACACAAUGAAACCCAGAAAGCAACAAUGGGUUUUCGUGGCUCUCCACUGUUUCCUGAUUGGCAGCGUGGUUGACUCCUCCUCCCUCCCCCCCGCCCCUGACUCCCUGUCGGUCUCCUCCCUGGUGGGGCACCGGGCGGUCCUUCCCUGCAGCUGGAAGCGGCGCCUGGGCGAGCGGGCCGCGCCCCCCCCCUGCCACGUCCAGUGGGCCACGCCGGCCGACACCGUGUUCGAGCAGCGGGGGGCGCGGCGGUGGCAGGCCGAGGAGUUCCGGGGCCGCGUGGAGGUUCCCGAGGAGAACCUGGGCUCCGGGGACUGCUCCCUGAUCAUCAGCGACGUCCAGAUCGGAGACACGGGCCGAUACGAGAGCUUCAUGGUGGUGGACGGACACGGGGACGUGAAGACCAGGGUCUUCAUCCAGAGCGUCAAGCUGUCCGUGUUCGACCACAAAUCCCUCCAGUCUCGCGGUCCGGGGGAGGACCUGGUCCUGGAUCUGUACACCCGGCACUCUGUGAGAGUGGUCUUCCAGGGCAGGAACGGCUCUGAGUGGGAGGACCUGUGGAUGCGGGGCGACGCAGACUCGCCGCGGCUGCAGAAGCACCCGCUGGGCGAGCAGCUGACCAUCACGAGGUUGACGAGCGCCGACCAGGGAACCUACAAGGUCCUGGACGCCGACGGGCUCGCCGUCAGCACCGUGCAGCUCUCCGUGAACGGAAAACACACGGCUCGGAAAUCCUACCAGAGCCAGGAGAAUCAGGCAGCAGCAGAUGCCAGAAGCAGCUGUUCAGCGCUCCUCGUCUCGUCUCUUCUUCUCACGGGUUUCCAGAUUCUUCUCCUGCUGUGAGAAGACCUCCUCUGCAAAACAACUGCACAUAGAUGCAUAACAACUCCACGAUAAUAUAUCUAUUUUUUAUAUGAUUUGCUGGCUUUUACUAUAGCCAGCAAAUCAUAUAAAGCAGGGGUGUCAAGGGGGGUUCAUGGGCCACAGACCUAAUAUGAUCUCAAGUGGGCCGGACCAGUAAACCAGUCCAGACAGAUCAGAAACUGGGGCCAUUGUCUAAAAAAACUAUUAUAUUAUGGACCCAAGAGAGGGGGGGGGGUUAAUAUUCUGAGAAAAAGAGGAAUUUCUAAGAUUAAAGUCGUACAUUUGUGGGAAAAGGACUCGGAUAUUCUCUGAGAUUUAAGUGGUGAAUUUGGAAUUGAAAUCUAUUAUUUUCCCUGCAAUUUUCACACUUUGCAGAGUCAUCCAGUGGGCCCGGCUGGACCCUCUGGUGGGCCGGUUCUGGCCCACGGGCCGUACGUUUGACACCCCUGAUCUAAAGGUUCUUAACGGGUCCGAUGAGCCGCGUGUGGGAGGGUCGACUGUAACUUAAGUAGAGUGAGAGAGUGUGUGAGAUGUGAUUUGAAGUUUAAAGUAUUUGUGUUCGACACGUUGACGUGGAGACAAGGCUGAAAUUUACUGUUUGAGAAGAAAAUAGGUUUUAAAAUCUGCAUUUUUUUGGGGGGAUAUAAUGAUUCACUUGUUCCGAGAGUUGGUGCUUUCACACCUAUAGUUCGGUGGACUCUGUGCGGUUCGGGGGCGAAGUUACAACAUCGUUGCGUAAUUCAUUUAGUUAGUAGUUAGACAGCCGCCUGUUUAUUGGACAGAAUAUCCAAAAUAAUGGAGCAACGCCAACGUUACGUCUCAGGUUUUCUGGUUCUGCUUUAGUGUUUCUAAAAUUUUAAAGCAGCGAGUGAAGGAGAGAUGAUGAUGUCACACAGACUGAUGAUGUCACACAGACUGAUGAUGUCACACAGACAGCUUAUGGAUAUGAACAUCAUCGUCCCUUAAAUCACACACACACACAUUUUAAAAUUGUGUGUGAGGGUGAACUUGCAGGCUGGUAAAUGCUCUGUUGUUGGCUCUCUCCUUCAUUUGGAAGCGAACUGUGAC